AUGACAAGCUAUCUCAACUUGACUGCACAGCAAUUGGCUGCAUUGCUCGCCAUAUACGAUAUAGAUAUUCCUGUUUCCGUUCGAUUUUGGAAUUAUCUCAUAUUGGAUGUUCUUUCAAUAACAUGUGCUCUCGUCAUACUCUACCAUCUUCUCUCUGAUCGAACACUCCGUCAAGCUCCACGCAAUCAUUUCAUCAUUGUCUUGCUCUGUGUUGGACUUAUUUACCAGUCGACAACUGUUCCAUUCAUGCUUCAUUUCUAUCGGGUUGGAUAUUCUUGGAAAAUCACACCAGCUUUUGCCAACUUUUGGACAUUUAUCGACAACUCGUCGUUUACAUCGGUACUAAUAGGUUUUGCUUGGGCCACCAUCGAACGACACAUACUCAUCUUUCAUCACAGCUGGAUGACAACCAAAAGACAGCGUUUCUUUGUUCAUUAUCUUCCUUUCAUGCUGGUGUUGACCUACUGCUACACCUAUUGGUUUUUCAUUGUCUUUUUCGCACCGUGUGUAAGUUUAUUCAUAUUGUCUCCUAUGAACGGUGUUCCAGGCACUUGCACUUUAACUCUGAAGUUUUGGGGAACAUAUGACUCCAUCUUUAAUCAGCUUCUGCCAACGUUCACUAUAAUCCUUGCCAGUGUUGCUCUUCUCAUUCGAGUUUUGUGGCAAAAGAGUCGAUUGAAUCGAUCGAUUCAUUGGGGUCAGCAGCGUAAAAUGACAAUCCAACUAUUGUCCAUCUCACUUCUCUAUUUCGUUUUCAAUCUUCCUCGAUCGAUCGUUCGAGCAAUGGUAUUAAGCGGUGUGUCAGGAUAUAUCUUCAUCAAGUUAAACAGUCAUUUCAUUUAUUUUGCCAUUCAACUGAUCUUUUUCUUUCCGUUCAUCUGCUGUCUGGCAACAUCUGAGCUGAGCAAGAAAUUUAGAAAAUUUCUUGGUAACAACAGUCGCCACAAUACAGUACUGCCACUAAACGAAGUGAAGCUGAGCGUAAACACUCGAAAAGUUUGA